CACACAUUCAUCAUUAGACCACAGAGUGUAUAACUCAAGAUAAUCUUAUAAUAACUGCAUCAUGGGAAAACAAAAAGAUAUUUUGGAGAAACUGGCAGGGAUCUUUCAGAUUCGACAUGUGCUCCUCCGCCAGGCCCUGGCAGAAUGCCUGGGAACCCUUAUUCUGGUGAUGUUUGGUUGUGGUGCAGUUGCACAGCUGGUGCUAAGCAGAGGAUCCCAUGGCACAUUCCUCAGUGUUAACUUUGCUUUUGGAUUAGCUGCAACUCUGGGCAUCCUUGUGAGUGGACAGGUCUCAGGUGGUCAUCUGAACCCAGCGGUGACCUUCACACUUUGUUUACUUGGGAGAGAGCCUUGGAGGAAGUUCCCAUUGUUCUUUUUCUUCCAGACUCUCGGGGCCUUCCUGGGUGCAUCGAUCGUAUUUGGCAUGUAUUCUGAUGCAUUAUGGGACUUUGGCCAUGGGAAGCUGAUUGUAAUAGGGAAGAAUGCCACAGCGGGAAUUUUUGCCACAUAUCCAUCAAAACACCUCACCUUGGUUAAUGGAUUCUUUGAUCAGAUCACUGGAACAGCUGCACUGAUCGUGUGCAUCCUGGCCAUAGUUGAUCCACACAACAAUUCAGUCCCUCGAGGCCUAGAGGCCUUCACUGUAGGCUUUGUGGUGUUGGUCAUCGGCCUGUCAAUGGGAUUCAACUCUGGGUAUGCUGUCAACCCAGCCAGGGACCUGGGACCACGUAUCUUCACUGCUCUUGCAGGCUGGGGUGCUGAGGUUUUCAUUGCAAACACCUACUGGUUCUUUGUGCCCAUCUGUGCCCCCUUCUUGGGUGCAGUGGUGGGAGUGCUGAUGUACCAGCUAAUGAUUGGGCACCAUUUAGAAGGAGACGUGCAAGAGAAGCAGAAGGAGGAGGCGGUGGAAAGACUCAGACUUUCCAAUAUUACAACCAAUGAAGAUGAAGGUGCAUGAGCUUAGUUUUUUUUUUCCUAAUAUAAUUGUAUUGCUGUAAAUCACAUUUUUGCCUAACACUUGCAUCUUUUGAUGUUUAGGUAAACCCUUUUGGCUUUCACAUAUAUUAAAGUACUAUAUGUAAGUUUUUGCUAUUGCUACAUAGCAACAUUUAAUCUUGUUUUGCUUCCAGUUCUAUUACUUUUCUUCUACUGAAAUUAGCAUGCUAAUUAGCUAGUCCCAACCAGACCACUUUGCAAUAGUGAGUCACUGUACUAUCCAGUCUGCCCUCAGUCCAACAUGUGAGGAUGAGGAGGUAGCGCUGUCCAGAGGGCGUAUUCUAACCUCUUGUCCUGUGAACACAAUGAUGGCUGAAACUCUUGGUAAGCAGUUGUCAUACAGCACCUUUAACUAACAUCACUUUUUAGAUAAGACAUCAAACAAUGAUCAAGAAGACCUCUCUCAUAUCUAAUCAUGGACAGCAACAGUUUCUAAGGAAAUUAUGACAUGUCUUUGAAUUCAUUUUCAAUAACUCCAGUAAGCUCUUUCAUUCCUGCUUGAAGCACAAAACUAUGUCCUUCACACUCCGUGUCUGACAAACAAAUGCAUCAGCUCAGAGAAGAAAGCUAAACAAAAGACAGUUUAAGUUGAAGGGGUAUUUGAAAGGUGCCUUGUUUAUUUCUCUCUAACGUGGAAGAAACUUUCAAAUCACCAGCAAAUCAAAAAGAAUUUGCACUCACACUUUUUCUCCUGCAGUUUUUUCCAUUUAUAAGAACUGUGUAUGCCACUUUGGCAGGGUUCCUGAGCUGGAGGCACAUUCUCUUUUUACUCACACUCAAGUACAGAUACAUGCUAUAAAUCAAUAAAAGCAUUGUUAAAAUUCGCUGUCAGUGAUGGCAUAACAAAAUCAGAUAUUUAUGUCACAUUUUUGAAAGUGUUGCCUGGUAUUUGCUUGAUUAAAAAUUGUUUGUAAACAAAGCAUAUCCUGUCUAUUACAGUUUGCAGCUUUGGCAAUUAAGUUUUUAUAGAGACACCGCUGUGCAAAAUCUACAUAUAUUCAGCAUUAAAGACCAAAAUAUGGGGUCAAUAAAACAAACAAACAAAAAGCAAUAUGCCAUGAAUAACACUGAUAAUGUGCAACAAGUGUGCUGAACAACCUUAAAUUCCCACUCUUAAACAUUUUCCAGGACAUUUCCAGACCUUAAAGUGACAGUUUUAUCAAUUUGUGACAUAAGCUUAUUCGUUAGCCUGCCAAGAUUUAGAUGAGAGGAUCGAUACCACUCUCAUAUCUGCUCAUUACAUGUUAAGCUGAAGCCAGUGCUAGCUUAGCUUAGCACUAAGACUUGGAGUGUAGAGAAACAGCUAAUCUGGCUCUGUUAAAGGAUUAAAAUAGACAUACUGGUGCAUUGAUUUCUUUACCUUUGGUCAGAGAUAGACAAGGUGUUUCCCCUUGUUUCAAGUCUUAGUGCUAAACUAAGCUUACUCCAGCUUCACAUUUAACCUACAGAUGUGAGAGUGGUGUUGAUCU